UAAAAAUAAUUUGAGAGAGGUUUUUAACUGUACCCGUAUAAGUUGAAGCUAAUCAUUCGCAUGUUAGCAUAUUUUCAGGGGAAAAAAUUUUUUUUCAGUGCAUCCGCAGAUUGUGAGGCGUGUUGUGGAUUAUUGACUUACUAACAUUCAAUCAUGGAUUUUGCUGAAAUAGGAGGGGUCUAUGCAGAGAUUGCUCAUGAAGAGGCUGCAACUCUUCUUAAAGAUCAACUUCUCCAUCUUCGCAGUAUGUUACUGGACAUGAAACCAAUGUUUGCUGUUCCAAUUGAAAUGAGCAUGAUUCUGUUUAUCCUAAUAAAUAUCUACAAAGGUAUAUACAUCAAUUGUGUCAUUAGCAAGACCGUAAGCAACUAUUAUGCGGCUUUAACUGUGGUUGCACUUGUCCUGGAAGCGCCUGUUGAGGGAAAUUCAUAUCAACUAUGGGCUUAUUUUGCCAUGUGCGUAUUGUUGCCACUUCCUAUGGUGUUUCACGAACUGUAUAGAUGGAUUGCUACUCCCUUUUUUAUUUGCUUUUCGCAACCACUGGCUUUUUGCCUGGACGAGUUUUUCUUGCUGUACACCUUUAUUCGCGGUGAGGAACACCUUCCUAAAGAACAGUUCUAUAAUUACUACGGCAUCUACUUCUUAGCUUGUUCUAUAAUUUCUGCUUACAUUAAACAUCUUGUCACUUUGCAUGGACUCACGAUGCUUGCAAUGUUUUUCCUCGCUUUGUAUGGUUUAGCGUCAUUUGUGUUUUUGUACGUAAAGAUGGGAGAUUCCAUGCAACACUCGUAUUCGUUUGGUUUUCGAGUUGAACUAGUUUGUUACCUGGCACUUCCUUAUCUGUUGGCAAUUUUCUAUACAGUCAACUACGGAGAAAAACUUACGUACUAUAUUCAGAUUUUUAAACACUAGUAAAUUUUAAUCUGAUUUUAUUUGAUUUGCUAUCUUUUAAUCCUUUGUGAUCAAAAAUUUUGUAAAAUAAAUUUUUUUUAGUCUGA